AUGGCUGCACAAUCUGACUAUUUGGAUUCCCUCACUCAGCACUUCCAGACUGUUCCACUCGUAAAGCAAAUCAGCGAGAAAUCAGGCCUCCCUGCUUCAUAUGUGGCAAUUGGCUUUAUUGGUUUUUCAUUUAUGCUUGUGCUUUUUGGAAUUUGUUCAGGCUUGAUGGUCAAUGUAGUGGGGAUUUUAUAUCCAGCAUACGUCAGCUUCAAAGCAAUUGAAUCUAAAGAAACUGAUGAUGACAAGCAAUGGCUUACUUACUGGGUUAUCUUUGCAGGCUAUAGCUUUUUAGACCACUUCAUUGAUAUUUUGUUCUUCUGGUUCCCAUUUUAUCACACAAUCAAGCUUAUUGUCCUUGUGUGGCUCUUCUGGCCUAAGACUCUUGGAGCAAUUUGGGUUUACAAUCAUAUUGUGUCUCCUUUCUUAAAGCAGCAUGAAGGGUUUAUUGAUGCAGCACUUGGAGGAGAUAAAUCAAGCUAA